UAUUUCUUCAGAAAAUUAAAAAUUAAAAAAAAAAUUCUCUCAAUUGAAUCAAACUCAAACUCAAUUUUCUAUGGGAAAUUUUACUUCAUGCCCAAUUUUACCAUCAAUUAAAACUUCAAAAGCAUCGAGAGUUGUUCUUCCCGGAGGUGAAAUCAGGCAAUUUCGAGAACCGAUUAAAGCAGCAGAGAUCAUGAUGGAGUAUCCAAGUAAUUUUUUAGUUGAUUCGAGUUCGUUGAAUAUCGGAAGGAGAUUUUCAGCUUUAUCGGCAGAUGAAGAUUUGGAGUUUGGUAGUGUUUAUAUUAUGUUUCCGAUGAAGAGAGUCAAUUCCGUUGUGACGGCGACUGAUAUGACGGUGAUUCUACUGGCGGCUAAUUCCGCUGCGAAGAGAAUAUCCGGCGGAAAUGGUAGGAUUUCGCCGGCGACGGAAAAUAAUGUUGCCGGAGAUCAGGAUUCAGGUGAGGUUGAGGUUUUUCCGGUGGAGAGAGAAAUGAAAUAUCGGUUGGCGUGUAGAUCGAGGAAACCGUCGUUGGCUACGAUCAUGGAAGAACCUGUUUCUUUUAGAUGAGAAAUUUAAUUUUUUCUUAAAAAAAAUUAGUUUUUUUUAGAGAUUUUUUAGUGUGAAAAUACACCCUUUUUUUUAAAAUUAUUAUUAUUAAAAAAAAUUGUGUGCCUCAUGUUUUGGGAAUAUAUUGAUUACGUUACAAUUGAAAUGAUGUUAAUUAAGAUGUAUUCUUAUGUAUAUGAAUAUUUAUUAUUGUGGCAUAA